AUACCAACGCUUCCACAGUUCCGAGGUGUACCUCGUACAGCUCUCACGCUUCGCAUCACACAUACACACAGUACAGUACACGGAACACACAGACACCGCACUGUCUUAACUGACCAAUCAGAGAACGGAUAAGAAUGGAAAUCCGUCGGUCGCUAGCCAGCAGUGAAAUAGGAGUGGGGAGACGUCCAAUUUUCAUCUGAACUUUCGAUAAUACCUUGUAUAAUGCAUGGUCUUGGGAUGCAACCGCGUCUUGGAGGAGCUGCAAUCCCCCCUCCCCAAGCGCCUUCCUCCAUCCCUCCCAUGGCACCGGUGGAGAGAGAGAAGAUCUACCAGUGGAUUGUGGAGCUAGCGAGUCCAGACACAAGGGAAAAUGCACUACACGAAUUAAGUAAAAAGCGUGAGGUGGUUCCAGACUUAGCCCCCAUGCUGUGGCACUCCUUUGGUACAGUGGCUGCACUGCUACAAGAGAUCGUCAACAUCUAUCCAUACAUCAACCCACCAGCUCUCACAGCCCACCAGUCCAAUCGAGUGUGCAAUGCCCUAGCUCUGUUACAAUGUAUAGCAUCACAUCCAGAGACAAGAUCAGCAUUCUUACAAGCUCACAUCCCUUUGUUUCUCUACCCCUUCCUACACACCGUCAGCAAGACACGCCCAUUUGAGUACCUACGCCUCACGAGUCUUGGUGUCAUAGGUGCUCUUGUCAAGACUGAUGAACAGGAGGUUAUAAAUUUCUUACUGACGACAGAGAUUAUCCCACUCUGUCUCAGGAUAAUGGAGAGUGGCAGUGAACUUUCAAAAACAGUUGCUACCUUCAUACUUCAGAAGAUUCUUCUCGAUGAAACGGGUCUUUCCUACAUCUGUCAGACGUAUGAAAGAUUCUCCCACGUAGCAAUGAUACUAGGCAAGAUGGUGAUAGCACUGGCGAAAGAACCAUCAGCUAGACUCUUGAAGCAUGUUGUCAGAUGCUACCUCAGACUUUCAGAUAACCAAAGAGCCCGCGGUGCACUCCGGCAGUGCCUCCCAGACCAGCUCAAGGACAACAGCUUCAUGGCCGUCCUCAAGGACGACGGCUCCACCAAACGCUGGCUGGCCCAGCUCAUCAAGAACCUUACCGAGACCAGCUCCAUGGACCCCCGGGGAAUCCCCAUGCCGCCACAAUGACAGUCUGCCGACCAACAAGCCUAGCUUGUUUGGUCACAUAAAAUGAAGAGUCGUGGAAGGAGCAGUAUAUGUUUGUGUUUUUGUCAUGUCCCCCUGCUUUUCUAUCUUCUUAUCUUUUUUUCUAUUUUGACUUGCUUUGUCUUCACUCUUUGUCCAAUAUUUAUGCAUGCAUAAAAAGCCACCCCUCAUUGUAACAAAAAUUAAGGUUAAUACUGGAUUUGGUAAAAUGAAGUAAUCAAUAGUUUGCCACUUUACAAAAUGUAUUUUCGAUGUGUUUAAAAGAAUAUAUUUCUUGCUCCAACAAAAUACUCAUCUUUGACGCAACUGUUUCCUCUAGAUUUUGUUUGAAAAUUACAUCUUUACCUUUAACCAGCUUGACAAUGAUGUUUGCCCAACAGCAGCUUUAUGUUCCAAAUCGAAAGGGUAUGGGCUCACCCGUGUAUCGAUGCUUCUGCUAACCUUCAGGUAGUUUGCAACAGAUAUAACAAUUAUGCUCUACUUUUAAUUUUUUUUUUAAACUAAUAGGUUGUUGACAUAUUUUCUUUUUAUAGGAGCCCCCAUCUCCUUUGGAUAAAAUGCUGGAGACCUAAAGUCAUCUUCUACUUAAACCAAUUUUUUUUCUUCCUGAAUUGCAUACUGGUACGAGAGAAGCCAUUACAGGGAAAAAUAGCAAACAGUCACUUAAUCAGUAAUGCCCCCUCCCCCAUCUCUGUAUCUCUCUCCCACUCUUGCUUCCCUAAUUUUAACAUUUUCUUCAUUCAUCUACACUAAAAAAAAAUCUCAAACUAUAUUUCUCAGCAGGGAAAAAAUUGUCCUAAGGGCAAAUGUCUUGUAUGUUUUUCGAAAUCAGUAUUGCAUCAGAACGAAUGCAAAACAGCAAUUUGUGGUAUGAGAUGGGACCGGUUGCAUAAAGGUUUGAGAUGAAACACAACUUCACUAAUCAAUCGCAACUUCAUUGUCAACCAAGCAGAUGCAAGCAUAUGUGUUAGGAAUCAUGAAUGAUUUGAUGAAGUGUGUUUGAUCGCAAUAUUAUGCUUCAGGCAGCCACAAACUUUACAGCCUGGCAAAGGCUUGCUCACAUAUGUUCGGGUUACAUGUGGACAAGCCUUUCGGGUUUAUCUUUUGAAGGAAAAAUGAUGUGUAAUUAUGUAAAUGAUAUGUAAUUGUGUACAGGGAAAUGCUUAAAUAUGUACAUGUACACCAAGGUCCUUUUUCUGAAUUUGGGUUUAAUUUAAACUUUGGUCUAAAUUUGUGGUUUAACUAUGGAUAGCCAAUUGUGACACAGUAAUACGAGUACAAGUUUGAUUUAUGAGCUAAUCUGUCACUCAAAUCAUUCAUAAAUGUCUGGGAAUAAUAACCAAAUUACUUUUUCUCGGCAUUUUAGCAUGGGGCAAGAACACAAUGAACAUAGAUAACAUACUACAGUGUUGUUUUCACAUUUUCGGCUAACAUAAUGUUAGAUCAGUUGGAUCACGUCUUAAAUUAAACAAAACUUCAGAAUACGGCCUACGUGUAUGAGUUUUAGGCAUUCAAGGUACGAUGAUGUAAUUCCACAAUGUCCAUGGCUUUGUACCAUGAAGGUUGCCAGUCACUAACUAGCUGGGGACGUAUGAAUUUUGAGCAUUCAUGGUACAAAUAUCAUGUAAUCCCACAUUGUCCAGGGCUUCGUGACAGGAAGGUUGCUGAUCAAUGACUAGAUGGCAACGGCCAUUGAAGUACAUCAUUGCACUUUCAUCUUGUCCAAAAUACUGAUCAGCAACCAAUUGGAAUGGUCCUUUAACCUGUUCGCUACUGAAAUCUUUGGUCCCCAGAAGAGCCUUCAAACACGGGCCACCCGGUUUCAGUAGGCAAUACUCCUGAGGGCACCAUUUCAUGAAGCACUUCGGCACCGAUGGGUUGUCAUUCUCAUACAGUUACCAUAGUAACAGUCAGAGUCCAGUGGUGAGUGCAUCUCAACCGAUCAAAAAUAAUUAUUCCACUGCAUUUGUCAGUGCUGGCAACUUGUAAAACAACCACCUAAUGCAUGGGGAACAUUUUGUUGUUGUAUAGUCAUGAUCUUGUAUGUGCCUUUAAUCAUAUAUUCAUGUGGAUAGUAAUAGAUAGGAACCUGCCCCUUGAAGGUUUGAGCAUUUUUCAGGGGCAAUUUUUUUGUUGCUAUGUUGGGGCUAUUUCUUUCAUUUCAAGGGGUACUUUUUACUCAAUAAGCAAUUAUGCUGUAACUGCAUAUCAUUCCUGCAGUAUGUAGAGUAUUGACUUUCAAAAUGUUCUUGAAUUUUUUUUUGUGGCAGAUCCUAGGGAAACUUUAAAGUAGGUUGCCCCAAAGUACUCCAUUUUUCAAAUUAUGGUGGCAAUUUUGGCCAUCAUGAGGGUGAAUUCUCCAAUUGGUCCUCAUGUGGGUCCUACGCUGAUUCAAAAGCAUUGGCACCCAAGAACAGAUCAGCCUUAUGGUCCACUUGAAUAUAUAAUCAAAGGAAACGAUAGGAUGAUUGAGCAUGUUGUGUAAAUAGAAACUGGUAAAUAUGUACAUUAAUUAUGCCAGCUGUUAAAAGCUGCAUGUAAGUUGUAAAUAACAGUAUCAAGGAUGGGUAUCUGAGAUGGCUAGCAAAUUCACAAGGCACUGAUUGGGCCGUAUUCUGAAGUCGGGUUUAACUUAAACUUAGGUUUAAAGUUGUUGUUUAAAGGAGAAUGAAACCCUUGAAACCAGCUGAAUCCAUAUCAAAGAGAAAAAUCAAAGAAACAUAUUGUUGAAAAUUUGAGGAAGAUUGAAUGAAUAAUAAGAAAGUUAUGAGCAUUUGAAUAUUGAGAUCACUAAUGCCAUGUAGAUCCUCCACCAUUGGCAAUGCGACCAAGAUCUGUGAUGCCACACACGUACAACUCCCUCAUUACUUUAGUACUUAUUUCACUUAUAUUCUCACUUUUAUAGUCUAUCACAAUUAAGGUGAGGUGUUCUCUUUAUGAGAGGACAAGUACAGAGGUUUCACAACAUUAUAUCAUUGAUGAAUCGUUUGUCAUAUGAUUAGAAUGAGCAAAAAGAGAUGUUUUGGGGUAUAUUUUCAGUGUCUCAAAGGGGACAGUUGUUCAUCUGUGACAUCAUAGAUCUUGGUCGCAUUGCCAAUUGGAGGAUCUCCAUAGCAUUAGUGAUCUUGACAUUCAAAUGCUCAUAACUCUUCUAUUGCUAGUCCUAUUUUACUCAAACUUUUGUUGAUCUUAUUCUUUGAUUUUUCUGCUUUCACAAAAGCUAACUUGCUCCAAGAGUUUCAUUCUCCUUAAAGUAUGGACAGUCAAUUGUUACAUAAAUCACUAACAGUAGAGAUAUAAUAUUUCAGCUCAUUUGGCUCACAAAUCAUUCAUAAUUGUGUCGGAAGUAUAGAUAAAUGAUCGUCUUCACCAUCGAUGAAUCAGGAAAGACCACAGUAAACAUAAGAAACAUACAACUUAAUAAAAAUUUUGACACUUUUGGCCUCCCAUAAUUUUAGCACAGAGUUAGACCGUGGUCUAAGUUAAACCUGACUUCAGAAUACAGGCCAUUAUGUUUUAUAUUAAAUGCUGAUGUGCCCGUCAUUGAUAUCCGAGCACUUUGGGCUCAUCUUACAAAGAGUGCCAAUAGAUUAAAACCAAACUCACUCUUGUACUUUUUAAUACAUGCUUCUUGUACCGUGCAAAAUGAAACAGACAGCAUGGUUAUAUUAAAUAAAAUGAAAAAUAAUUUCAUUUCAAGGAAACAUAGAUCAUGUAAUAUCAGAAUCAAUUUUAAGUGUCAUAAAAUAUUACAUGUAUGAAUUUAUAAAUACAUCUAUAUCAUACCUCUAUGUAAAGGGAAAUAAAACCCAAAUGAAAUCAGCACUUUGCAUAAUGAACAAUGUUUGUAUGUUUUAAAUGCAAAACUCAACUCGGCACAAUUGUAGAACCUGGUGUAACAUACGAGUACCUGCAGAUAAGGGAAUAAAUCAAAUUGCAUAACAUAAUAGAACUUCCAGAUUCAACACUGUUUAAAAAAAGGGUUAAUUUUUCACUCAUUUAGUUGAUAUAAAUACCCAUGUUUGUGAAUUUGCCUCUUGUAUACCAAAGGAGAAACGAUUAUCUUCUUGUAGAAGAAUGUAAAGUACAGUUGAUCUCAAUGCAAUGUCAACAUGUUGUGCUUCUCAUUAUUUUUGUUGAAUAAAGAAUGAGCAACACUA